AUGGUGAUGGGUGAGGGUGACGGUGAAAUGGAAGGCGGGGGUGGCGGGAACGACGAGUGUGUGGAAGACGGCGAUGAAGAGUUAGUAGCAAUGAUGGGUCCACCUACAACAUUUUGUGGUAAUAACAAGUGCAAGAAAAUCAGGAGACCUCUGCCACCCCGGGAGACGUGGAAGAAGAAAAUCGAAUUCUUGUUGGCGGUAGUCGGUUUUGCUGUCGAUUUGGGAAAUGUGUGGAGAUUUCCUUACAUCUGUUAUCAGAACGGCGGAGGUGCGUUUCUUAUACCGUACGUGGUGAUGUUGGUGUUUGGUGGCUUGCCUUUGUUUUACAUGGAAUUGGCACUGGGACAGUUCCAUCGAUGUGGAUGUCUCACAGUGUGGAAGAAGAUUUGCCCGGCUCUUAAAGGUGUUGGAUAUGCGAUAUGCCUGAUCGACAUGUACAUGGGCAUGUACUAUAACACAGUGAUCAGUUGGGCCCUAUAUUAUCUGUUUUCGUCGAUGAGAUCCGAACUGCCCUGGACCAGUUGCGACAACCCGUGGAACACGUUGAACUGCACUCCGGUGACCAAUUUAUCGGCAUUAACCAAUGUUUCGACGAGUCCGGCUAAAGAAUUUUUCGAGAGGAGCGUUUUGGAACAACAUAGAGCCGAUGGGUUGGAUAGAAUUGGCCCGAUAAAAUGGUCGUUGGCGUUGUGCUUGUUGGCUGUGUUCCUGUUGGUGUAUUUCUCUUUGUGGAAGGGAGUGAGGAGCACGGGUAUGGCCGUAUGGGUAACGUCCCUCGCCCCGUACGUUGUAUUGUUCAUGUUGCUGUUUCAAGGCAUCUCGUUACCGGGGGCAGGGGAGGGCAUACGAUACUACCUGACGCCGCAGUGGCACAAGCUCGUUAACACUAAGGUAUGGAUAGACGCGGCGUCUCAAGUCUUCUUCUCGCUGGGCCCAGGAUUCGGCACGCUUCUCGCCCUGUCCAGCUACAACAAGUUCAACAACAACUGUUAUUGGGACGCCAUACUGACCAGUUCGAUAAACUUUCUCACCAGUUUCCUGGCCGGGUUCGUUAUAUUCACCAUGCUCGGUUACAUGGCACACGUACAAAACAAGAGUAUAUCCGAAGUGGGGACCGAAGGACCGGGUUUGGUGUUCAUCGUGUACCCGGAAGCGAUCGCCAUGAUGACCGGUUCAGUCAUGUGGGCACUGAUAUUCUUUUUGUUACUCAUCACAUUAGGUUUGGACAGUACAUUCGGUGGUUUGGAGGCAAUCAUAACUGGUCUCUGUGAUGAAUAUCCGAAUGUAUUAAAGCGACACAGAGAAUUGUUUGUUGCCGGUUUAGUAGCAGUUAUUUACAUACUAUCAUUGCCAACUACUACAUACGGUGGAGUUUAUUUAAUCACAUUGCUGAACGUAUUCGGACCGGGAAUCGCCAUACUGUUCGUUGUGUUUGUCGAGGCAGCAGCUGUCUGUUGGGUGUACGGGGUGGACCGGUUCGCAAACGAUAUCGAAAUGAUGAUCGGACACAGGCCUGGUCUGUUCUGGAGAUUGUGUUGGUGCUACAUAAGUCCCGCGUUUUUGUUGAUAAUUUUUGUGUUCUCAAUAUUGGGAUACAAAGACAUGAUGGCUGGAGGUUCGUAUGUUUACCCGGAUUGGAGUAUUAAUUUGGGAUGGUUGAUGACUGCCUCUUCGAUCAGUUGCAUACCUGCUUACUUCAUUUACAAGGUGUGCAAGACACCGGGUUCAUUCAUGCAGAGAAUCAGAUUGGCCAUGAAACCGGAAGACCCGGAACCGGAUGACCGGGGCAUCGUGGCAAUCGCGUCGGCCGUGCACAGCGGAGGUAGCGGCGGGGGCGGCGGCGGCACGCACGUCUGAUUGGAAUGGCUCGUCUGACCCGGCCGACCAAGACAACAACAACAACAACAACAACAACAACAACAACAACAACAACAACAACAACAAUACCAACAAUAAUAGCAAAAAGACAACAGCGGAAAAAGUCGCUGCCAAACGAAUGCGACGACAAGUCGGGUUAUUUCUGUCGCAUAUAAUAAUAAUAUAUAUUACAUAAAAUAUGUAUAAACGGUUCUCGACGUCCGCCACCGGAAUUAUACCGGAUAUCGAUCGUUCCGUACGGCACGAUACGGAAGAUGUUAUCACAGUAAUCGUAUAAUAUCGCCACGACCGUUGAAAAAUAUGACGACAACGACGACGGCAAACGAAGAUGAGUCGUGUGCUCACGUGUAGUACCUGUCUACGUCAAACAGGUUGCUGUCCACCGUGUACGUAGUGUAGUACUAUAUCAUAAUAUAGCAGCUAGUGCCCUAAAUAGUAUUAUUAAUAAAAUAUAGUAUUAGGCAUUAAUAAAUAAUAUUAGGUAUUAAGAAAAUAGUGUUUUAUUGAUGUAACGUCAUAGACUGUGUCGAACGGUUUUAGUACCCGCGAUUUAGGUGGUUAGUGUUUUAGGUAUAAUGUGUCCACGAUAGACACAUAAUUUAGCAGUGUGAGAUAAUAAUAUUAUAAUAAUCAUCCGUCGACGAGACGAGAUGCGAGUUAAUGUAGUGCGGAUAAUAAUAUGAUGUCUGAUCAUAUUUUUAGGCAACUAAGAGUGCAGCAGACAUACUGUGUAGUUCUAGUGCGUUUUUAUUAUAUAACUAAAUACAAAAUAAUAUUAUCAAAAUAUAAUUAUUAAUUAUUUAUUAUAGAAGAUAGUCGUAUAGAUACUAUAUAUACUAUAUUAUAUUAUAAUGUUAAUAACAAAAUAUUAUAUAACUAUUUUAAGUCUUACGAAACAAAAUGUUCUGAUCAAAUCAUAUUAUUAUACCAUCUGACGUGUUGUACAAACGAGUAUAAUAUUAAUAAUAGUUUAUGUGUAAUAUUAUUUUUUAAUCUUUGUGAUGUAUAAUUUUUUACGUAAUUUAUCGAGCGUUAGACAAUGAAUAUUAUAAUCGUAAUCGUAAUCGUUUAGUCCAGGUCACUAUAUUUAUUAUUAUACCUGUAGGAGUGUUAAUACUUUGUAUGAUUAUAUAUGAUCAUAUUAUGGUUUUUUAUAUUUUGGUCGUCAAACGGCGGUAACAAGUAUAAUGUUUUCUAGUCAUAAAUUUAUCGUAUUAUAGUCACGUGUGUACACAUUUACUGCUGCAUUUUGACUAUAAUAACG